AUGACUUUAAAUCUUUGUGUACUGACCCCCAAUCGAAUUGUUUGGGAUUCGGAAGUGAAGGAAAUCAUUUUAUCUACUAAUAGCGGACAAAUUGGAGUAUUACCAAAUCAUGCGCCUAUUGCCACAGCCGUAGAUAUAGGUAUUUUGAGAAUACGUCUUCUUAAAGACCAAUGGUUAACGAUGGCUCUGAUGGGCGGUUUUGCUAGAAUAAACAAUAAUGAGAUCACUGUUUUAGUAAAUGAUGCGGAAAAGGGUAGUGACAUUGAUCCACAAGAAGCACAGCAAACUCUUGAAAUAGCAGAAGCUAAUUUGAAUAAGGCGGAAGGCAAGAGACAAACAAUUGAGGCAAAUCUAGCUCUUAGACGAGCUAGGACACGAGUAGAGGCUAUCAAUGUGAUUUCAUAA